UAUCAAAAUGGCAGGAACAACAGCAAGCGCAUCUUACUCUCAUUCAUCGGAACCUUGUGUACUUUAUCAGAAGUGAAUGAAAUAACUUUGCUUUUGCAACAAGAUGAUUAAAAAUCGGAAAUAGAGCAUUAUUAAACAGAAACAAGGAGAACUACAACGUCAACGUACUUCUUCUACAAGACUUGUCCCAGAUGAUCAACAAAUUAUUAUUCACCAACUAACAGUAAUACUUCUAAGAUUGAUAAAUAUUAUUUCUUCCUCUUCCACAAGAAUUAUCCACUCAAGGAAGAUGAUGAAGAUGAGGAUUUUUUUUUACUUGAUGAUGAUGCCGGUAUUGUUAAGGCUAGAAGAAAUCCAUCUUCACAGGCAUCCUGCGAUCGUUUUCAAGGGGAGAAAGGUCCUCGGAUGCGUCUCAAGAUGGAUCUCCCUUGGUUCUAAUAUUGGCUUCCGCAGCUGGAAUUUUUGAAGGUGGAAAAAAGCGUGAACGUGCUGACCAGGAAAGUCCUCAGGGUGCGGACAAAAUCGACGAGCUGCCACCGCCUGGAACGGAGUCUCCACUGGCGACCAAAAAGCUGCGGCAACGACCGCCUUUGACGAGCAGCACCUCUGGGGACGACCACCUCCGUAGUAAAGAAGUGGCCGACGCCGGAAGUAGUACGCUCCUCUCUGCUGAACAAAAUCAAAAAGCUGCAGAAGAAGAAGAAGAAGAUGAGAUGAUCUUCGAACAAGGAGGUGGGAAAGAACAAAAGUCCACCUGCGAGAUCGAUGGUGAAGAACAAGGAUCCUCAUGUACAUUCUCGAUUCGUAUGGAACUGAAAUUAAGGCUUCAAGUCAAAAGAAAUGAAGUUGCAGAUAAAUAAUUCAUUAUCAAGGCAGAUGGACGAACUCGCGGCGCCUAAAAUAAACGGAUCCUAUAAUAUAAACGUGCACGUGGCCACUAACACUAUAGUUCUUUUUUAAACAAUUGGAUUACUUGACUUUUUUGUUUUUUGUUUCCUAGUUAGGUGUGCUCCACCGAUACUAUCAAGGGUCAUUUCUUUUUCUUUGAGUUUGAUGUUUCCUAUGUAUAAAAUAUCCUGUAACGGUAGGGAUAUUUUUGAGAAAUUGAAUAAAUAUUAAAGAUUCACUGUUGUAUACUAUGACAGAAAUGAAUUAUUUUGACCUCAUGAUCUAUAUCUAAAGAAAGCCAUCGGAGGAGGAAAGCCUCAUGCGAAGCCUCUGUACCCUUCUCACAUGCUACGUGUGGCGCCCUUCGCGUCCCCCUCCACGCCGUCUUCAAGUACUACAAGAUCCUCAGUUGUCCAUGAAGAAAGCCCUUUCCCGCGUGGUUUAUGUUGGAUGCCAGUGUAUGAUAAUGCCGGAUCGCAUGAGUCAGAACUUAAGGCUUGAGGAAAUCCAUCUUUCCCAGCAUCCUGGUCCCGUUUCUUAGGGGCAAACGGGCACCAAGAUGCACUCCAAGAUGGAUUUCUGCUAGUUCUAAUCAACACAUGAAACUUGCACCAGAACGCUGCAGCAUGCACCUUGGAGAAAGCGCGCUGCUUACACGAGAAGACUUUUUCGAAAAAACUUGUUCAUCGACUCGAGCUGCAGCGGAAGUACAAGUGGUCAAAAUCGCUCCUCCCGCAUUCGGAAAGGCCCUGAUCAACGUCUCGCCCUACGGAUUUGCCGUUUUUUUUGCCCUUGUCGGACAUGCGCCCAGAACUCUUAUUACGGGUUCUUUGUUGUUGUAUACAUUUACAUAGUUUUUACUACUGUUAACAUGAAGUAAAUACCUCACUUUAUUAGUGUAUACAUGUUAUAGUUUUUUACUACUAAUGUUAACAUGAAGUGAGGAGAAAAAGACUGCAAUAACUACUCGUCAAAUGCAACCGGCGGUUCCUCGACAUACUCGGUUCCUCUCAUAGAGUCUAAUAUUACGUUGAUCAACAUGAUGGACACCCUCUUGAAGGAAGAGGAGGAUGGCAAGAAAGGCAUACAUUUACUUCGACGUGGGUACGAGAGAUACCUUGAUUAUGUCGCAGGAUGGCGGCAAAUCAAAGUUAAGGCGUCCCCUAAUCCAUCUCUUUGAAUUCUAUGUGUAGGGAUCUUCCUUCAAGAACUCCAAUACAAGGAGAAUAUUCUUGAGGCAUACUGUUGAGAGGUGGUCUACUCCUCUUGUAUUGAAUUUGUUUAGGUUUGGUCUAACGAAAAUAAAUCGAAAUUCGUCGCAGGCGGAUCUAUGCAGAGAAGCGUCGGUCCGACCCCUUUUGGCGACGUGGUCCGAAUCUUGGACUUGCCAGAAACGCAGCACCAUUUUAGAGACUGGCAUCCUACUGCUGGCCACCUUCCUGCUUUCUUCCAUCGACUGCGGGAAGAGUUUUCUUCACUACUCGAGUUUGAUGUGGUUCCUCGCGAGUUUGUCUUCUCCAACUUUCCGCCUCUGAUUGAGGACCCUGACGUCCACUUUGAUGCUCAAGACAUCGAUCCCGAGCUGACAGGAUGGGGUUAUCCGCUGAACAAACAUUAAGAGCGCUUAUCAAAUUGCAUCCUUCGCGACGAGGACUAUUCUUGGCUUUUUCUAACUAAGUAUCUCAUAUUUAUAUCAAAGACUACAUCAUGGGAGUACUUCUUGAUGAGUCUUCUACGUCUAGACAAUAGGAAAGAAGUCAAGGAAGAUGAUCUGAAGAAUUGUACCCUCUGAAUGGUCUAACUACUACUACUUCUACUACUACUACUUCUACUUCUACUUCUACUGUUAGUAGUCUGAAUGGGUUAACUACUACCACUACUGCUACUACUACUACUAGAUGUCCUUUCUGGCCUCCUUUUUUGCUGGAUCCUAGUCCUCUCUCCAGAUUGUUGCUGUGGAUUUUGGUGCUUUUUUUUAGGACCUUAACACGACUAGGCUACGCUUCAAAAAACCUCACUCCUGUGGGUGCCUACUGCUAUUACUGCUAUUGCUACCACUACUACUAUUGCCACUACUACUACCGCUAAGAAGGACGAGAUGCAAGAUUUACUUUUGAUUUGGAGGACUCGACGUCCACUGUGCGUUUCGAGGACAUGGAGAUUUCCUACGCAGAGGGCACCGGUGCACCAAGUGCUGUACUGAAGCAGGUGCUUAGCAAUGAGAUUAAGGCUUGUUAUCCACAACCAUAAAUUAAUAAUUGUUCAACAUAAUAGGUACAAAAGAGGUUUGUUCAACAUAAAGCAUCUGCAUCAUCUUUCUUCAGUGUCUCCACAGAUGGGGGAACAUCUUUUUUCGACCAUAAAUAACUGUUUGUUCAACAUAAUAGGUAGUACAAAAGAGGUGGUGCCAUGACAUGAGCAUGACAUCAAAAUCAAUGUCAAUUUUGUAAGAACAAUCCUGAGAGGACCGUUUACUCAUUUGAAGGGGGAAAUAAAGGAAAAGGAAAGUUUCCUUGUUUCGGGUAGUUGUUCCAAGAUACUACUUACAUGUCAUAAAUAGCAUAGAUCAUGGGCGAUUUGCGGAGUGCACUAGAACUAGUCUAAUGAGACAAAGAUUUUGGAGAAGGCGCAGGCUGCGGGAAUCAUCACUGCGGAAGAGCUAGAGAAUGCAGAGCGCUUACAAGUGCGGCAUUUGGGGCUCUUCGACGAGGACCAUGAUCGUUGGACAGGAGGUUUUGGACGACGACUAGGCCACGAGAGGAAAUAUACACUGCGGUUACAAACUGAGAAAUUUUCUGUCACCUUCAAAAGUGUGGAACAAGUUUCCAUUACCGUCAUUUUCAAACGCAACGUCUCGUACGUGAUCACGAGCACGACGGACAUGCCUUCUUGGCUAUCCCGCUAUCGGGGCGUGCCGAAGGAGUACCAGAAGGCUACUGUCAUUCAGCACUUUCCCUUUGUCGCUGAGCGCUACUUCUUGACACAGGACGUCGUUGAUGGAGAUAAUCAUGUAAAAGUUAAGAUGAACUACAAUUACAAUAAAUAUUAUUAUUAAGUUUAAGUAAUAGAGAGCCUUCAUUUUUUUAAAGGAAAUCAAAACGAACGAAAGAAGGGAAUUUUUUAAACCUCUGACUCAUAAUUGAGGGAACGAUGAAAAAUCACUUUUCAUCUGCUAAGCGGUACUACAACUACUUCUUUCUAAAAAUAAGGUCUUUGGGGAGCAGAAAUUUUUUCGACAGCCGAAGAUUGAUUACUCCGACUACAUUGGCGGGUGGGGUGAAACGCACAGUUGCUAAUGAUGUGGUCAAGGACGUCUACGGGAGUACUACGACUAUGCACUAAUUGAGACCGUUAUUGCUCUGGUUCUGGGUAGAAGAAGAGCAUUCACGCAGGUGCUAUUUUUAUAUUGAAAAUAAUGAAUCUGUAUCUGGCCACGGCCGCUUUGCUUUUGCCAGCCACGACUGCCUUGUUUUCUUGUCUGCGUUGCUGGAACAGGAAAGAAAAGGUAGUUCGCUAUUCCUUCAUUUUUGAAGGAAGUCGGGCAAAUAGAUGCCAGAUACAAGGAGAAUGGCCUAGGCCUUAUCACAAGAUUCACAAUUUAUGCAGCCUAAGAAUGAAUUAUAAC